GUAACUACAGAAUGUCAGACCAAUAGAUACCGUUUUGAACUCAACCUUACUAAUUUUUUGGGCCACAGAUUCUAAGAUGGCAAAGAAGCAAUUGCUUUUAGAUCUCGACUGUGGGGUGGAUGAUGCCCAAGCGAUGAUGAUGGCUCUUGCAGCUCCUAAUGUGCAGAUCCUGGGUAUAACAUGUACUCACGGAAACACAAAAAUUGAAAAUGUGUGCAAAAACGUACUUAGGGUGCUAAAAGUUUGCCAGAGGACCAAGAUUCCUGUGUUCCGAGGUGCAGGUGCCUCACUCCUUGGAGAUCAGUUAAAUGCUGGUCAUUACCAUGGAGAGGAUGGCCUGGGUGAUGCUCCAGACCCUAAUGCUCCAGGGUUGGAACACAUACAAGCUGAAUACGCAGUGAAUGCCUUGUUAAGGAUAGCCACUGAACAUGCUGGCCAGGUCUCUCUUGUGGCUAUUGGUCCCCUCACCAACAUUGCUUUGGCAUUUAAAAUGGAUCCCACCUUUCCAUCGAAGUUAAAACAUCUGUACAUCAUGGGAGGAAACAUGGAAAGCAGAGGGAAUGUGACAAUGUGUUCUGAGUUUAACUUUGCAGCAGAUCCUGAAGCAGCUUAUAUUGUCCUGAAUCAUUUUACAUGUCCCAUCCAUAUCGCCACUUGGGAAUACUGUCUCCGUCAUGCUUUGCCUUGGGAGUUUUUUAAGGAAUGGGUAAACCAAGGCACUGGGAAAGCUUGCUUCAUGAAGAAGAUAACUGCAAAGACUGAACAAUUUGCCAAAAGCAAGCAAGGCAGUAGGGAAAUGUAUUUAGGAUCUGGCUUUAUAUCCUGUGAUUCUUUAGCAAUGGCGGCUGCUAUUGAUGAGAGUGUUGUCACUGAAUAUAUGCGGUAUGGAGUAAGCGUGGAGUUACGAGGAUCAGUGACCAGAGGGAUGAUGAUCGUGGAUACACUUGACCUAUUGCAAAAACAAGAUCAAGCUUUUAUUAUGACAAAAUGUGAUAUUGAGAAGAUUAAGCAGCUCAUGAUGUCUGCUCUGAAAUAGCAGAUUUAAUAGCACUAGCAAACAGAAAGUUGAACACAAGCAUCAGUAGAUUUUCUAGAAUGCAUAAUCUAGAAUAUCUUUCUUAGUAGCAAGUUUCCUCACCAAUUUCUUUUUAUUCUAUGGAUUUCAGUUUGAUUUGUUGUUUUUCUAUCCCCAGCCCUACACCCUUUCUCUUGAAGGAAUAAAAUGGAACUCAAUGGGCCCUCAGGGUCCUCUUGUAAGCUGUUAUUCUUCACCUGUAAGAGCAGAUGUUGAAUAUUAGCAGGUGAUUGCUCAUAUUGGUAUCACAGCCAAACCUGAUCCUACCUUUGCCCAAUUUCUACAUGUGCAAGGACCACUGGAUAGUCACAAAGAACAGAAAUGCUGGUUGAAUUUCUUUUCCUUCCCAUGUUUCUACUGCAAGAUUAACUAACUCUGCUCAGACUAGAAAUGUUGCAUGCUACCUUUACCUUAAUGACUUAGUGGGCAAAGAUAGACCGUGGUAAAACAACAACAACACAACUUACAUCUAUAUAAUGUCUUUAAUGUAGUAAAAUGUCCCCUGUGGCACUCCACAGGAGCAUAGCUCAAAAGAAAUUGACACUGAGCAAAGGUAGGAUACAUUGAAAGGUGACAAGAAGCUUGGCCAAAAAGGUCAAUUUCAAUCAGCAUCUUAAAGCAGAGAGAGACGUGGAGAGUUUUAGGCAGGGAUUCUUACAUUCCCUAAUUCAAAAUAAAUUUAGAAGACUUUGCGAAAUGGACAAUAAACAUGGAUGGGAUUAAAAAUAACCAAAUGUGAUUAAAGUAAGUUGAAAAGUUUGAAUUUUUUUAAACAAGUGGCCAAAUCAAUAAAGACAGUGUAGUAGAUGUUGGGUAUUUGGGUUUUUGAUGAGGUAUCUCAGAAGAGACUUGUUUGAAAAAUCAGGAGUUUGGUGUAAGAAGAGUUAUAGCAGCAUGGAUAAAAAGUUGGUUGCUACCAGAAAAGAGUUGCUUAGAUUUGAAAAAAAAUUGGGAUUGUCAUCCUAGGGAUCAGUGCUGGUUCACUUUUGUUCUCAGUGUAUCUAUAGAUGAUUUAAACUUAGGGAAAAUAAUCCUUUCAGUCAUAGCCAGAGAAUCACCCAUAAUGGCUUCUUAUCCCACUCCCACAUUGUUGCCUCUGGAAACCCCCAAGGAUCUGUCAUUGACCCCCUCCAAUUUUUCAUUUGCAUGCUGCUCCUCAGCAGCAUCUGAAAAUACAAUGUCAGGUUCGGCAUAUAUGAUGACGACACCCAACUCUACCUCUCCACUGUCUUUGAUUUGUUAGACUGCUUAUCUGAUAUCCAGUGCUGUAUGGGCUUAAAUUUUGAAAUUUCCCCCCAACUAAAUAUUGGGAAGACCAAAGCCAUUGUCUUCAAUCCCCACAACAAACUUCAUCAACUCCAUCCAUCUCCAUAUACACUUAUCUGAGGCUGAACCUGAUCAUUUGUAAACUUAAUGCUGUACUUAACAUUGACGUGAGCUUCUGACAACAUAUCUGCUCCAUCACUAACACUAUUUACUUCCAUCUUCAUAGCAAUGCCCAACUCUGUCUCUGCUUCAGCUGAGCUGCUGCUGAAACCAUGUUCCCUGCCUUUGUUACCUCUAGACGUGAUUAUUACAAUGCUUUCCUGGGCAGCUUUUGGUCUUCCAUCCUAUAUAAACUUGAGUGCAUUCAAAAUUCUGCAUCCCAUUCACCUAUUCCUCCUGUGUUCACUGACCCACGUUGACUACUAGUCCAGCAAUGCCUCAAUUUUAAAAUUCUCAUCCUUGUUUUCAAACCCCUCCAUGACUGUGCCCCUACCUGUCUCUGUGGCCUCCUUCUGCCCUACAACCUUUCAGGAUCUCUUUGCUGCUCCAACUUUGACCUGUUGGGCAUCCUUGAUUUUAAUUGCUCCAUUAUUGGUGGUUGUGCCUUCAGCUGCCUAGAACCUAAAUUCUCUCCAUAAACCUCUCCACCUCUCUAUUUCUCUGCCUCUUAACCUUUCUCUUCUCCUUUAAGCCAAUCUAUAAAACCUAAACUGUACUAAUAGCUCCCUGUGUUGCACGAUAUUUGAUAACACUCCUAUGAAGCAACAGGGGAUGUUUUACCAUGUUAGAGGUGCUAUAUAAACACAAGUAGUUUUUAUUGUUGUGGAAAUUUGCCGAUGAAACCAAAGUAAGAACUCUUCUAGCCAGUGAUUCAUUAGGGCCAGCAAGCCACGUAUUUGGUUGCAGAAUUUUAAAGGGUACAUUAAAACUAUUAUAGGAUUAAUGGAGCAUGACAAGAAAUGCAGUGGGGGUGGAAUGUUGAUGUGAGUGGGCUUCCAUUUCUUCCUUACGAGUUUGAUAAUGAUCUAUGCAUAUUAAACCAGUUAUAUUGAAAAUAAUAGCUGAGCAGUGUUGCAUUUGAACUAAAUGUUAACUUUAAUUAUUGAACAUUUGGCUCAAUGCUGGCAGUUUGGUAAAAGGCUUUCAUUGGAAAAUCUGGUUCUCAACAAGGUCAACAUGUAUAGAUAAAUUUAUAUUUAUACAUCCGCAUUUUUAUAUUCCUUGCUUAAAGGUUUAUUGUCUGUUGCCUCAUUUUUGCAAUUCUUAUCUCAAUAAA